ACUCACUUAACGUCGUGAUUUCCAUCUCCAAUAGGACCUCAUUCAUUUCAUCCGACUCUCACGGAUCAAUUUCCAAACAAGAAAUGGUAUAACCAUCUCUUCAUUUUUGAUGAAGAUCUGACGUCUUCCCCGUGGCUUCGCGCAGCCUCAAUUUGCGCGUUCAUCCCCUCCUGUUAUUAUGCAGAUCGAUCCGGCAGCUCUGAGUCGACCAGAUUCGGCUUCGACGGCCGUAUCUGCCUCCAAGACUGUCGUAUCAGCUGCGGCUACAACUCAAAAGUCUACAAAGGCGUUGAUUUCGGUGCCGCGACUGGAUCUUGAGUCUGUAUACACGGAGCUGAAGGCCGCUAUUGGCGACAAUUGGGCGGAGUACAAGCAGUCGACGACACUUUUUCUUCUAGGCCAACUAAAUCAAGAUGAACUCUCCUCGCGCCUCGAUCACAUAAUUUGUGCCGAUCCCAGAACCGAGCAUCUCCAUAACAACUUUAUAUGCGCGCUCAUCGGCAACCUCUCACGCGACCUCCCAGACCAUGGCGUCGCAAGCUGGGUAUCGGCAAAUGACAAACCCACCGUGGUAUCGAAGCCGGUCUCUAGUGACCUGGCGGAACAGAGACUGAAGACUGAGGUUAUGCAACUACCUCCUCGAGAUCGCAAGAGGAUCAAAGGUAUUCCCGAGCCGGAUCCCCAUGAAAUAGCCCCGAAUGAGCUCGAAUUAUACUAUCAAGCAAAGCAAAUUACCUUACCUACGCAGGUCCCAGCGAGUGCUGGUGGUUUGAACAAAACGAACUGGGAACUCGAAAUACGAAAACGCUACGCUCAACCACUUGCCGCAGAAACAGGCGAAUUUCCUGACGCGGAAUCAAUAUAUGCCCGUAUGGUGCCAAUAUGUUACGAGGAGUCUGUAGUCAGUGGAGCUGGGUUUUCCUGCGCCGAAUUCAUGGCCAUUGCGACGGAGACAUUUGUCAAACAGGUGCUAUCAAGUGUAUUCUCUCGUACAAGGCAUAACGGCCCAUCCGGUACAAUCAACGGUAUGAUGACACGGAAAUAUCGCCGACAACUAGAGCGCGAAGAGCUUGCUUUUACUCGGGGCGAGAUAUCCAAGGACCUCGCAACUGGGUUGUUGCCCGUUGAGGCGAAAGAGGCUCGUUCGAGGCAACCAUUAGGGGUAAGAGAUUUACGGUUAGCGCUUACUCUGGGUGGUGCACUCCUCGGCCAGAUGCCGCUAGUGGUUGACGAAAUUAUGGGUGCUUAUGAUGAGGAUGAACUUGAACUCGAGCGUCAUGGUUACAUUGAAGAGUUGCGUGAGAAGCAUGGCUUUGAUGGUAUUGGGACAAAAUCUGCGACAAUAACAGCAACAGAAACCAAUGGCGUCGACGCUAUGGAUAUUGAUGAUGAAUGGGAUUGGGAGGGCGGCACGAUUGCAGAUAGAGAUCAGUUGAAUUCUCUUCUGGAUGAGUGUCUUUCACUGGCUGCAUGAUACAUACACUCAUAUAUCAUAUCCAUCCUCGUCGAACGAGCUAUCCCCACUUUUCGUCUGACUAGACAAAGCAUCUCUCAUCUACGAUUUCUCUCUCUUCCAUCCUCUCCAAUCCGAGGAUAAACAUGUCGAUUAGCACUUUGGCGGGUUUUAUUAGGGGAGGCGUUUACUGUGAUUGUUGUAUGACUACGAAAGGAGGUGUGUGGCAUCGGCGGACAUGGAGAAGAAAACAUAACAGUUCUUGAGGAAGAUGAAGAAUUACGCUUUCUAUCUAUUUUAUCGUUUCCUUUAUUUACAGAUACCAACCUCGCUUUUCUUUUUUUGUUGUUUCUCUUUGACUUCUAACGUCAAACGGACAAGGGAGGGUUCCUUUUCUUGUGUUUCUUUCAGUCUUGGUGCAUCUGGAUUGGAGUUUGCUGUGUUUAUUGAGGUGUUGUUUUAUUAGUUUUAGGAGGAUUGUGGUACUAUGCAUGUUGACACAUAGGACUAGAACAAGAUUAUGAAAUGUAGUUUGAAUAUUACUCUAUACGUGACCUU